AUGACAACUAUUGAGAUCGCUGAAACACCAGAUCCUUACAUAUUUAGGAUACUAUCGUCAACGUCGAAAGACGAUAAUCUGAAGCAUAAGGAGGUAAAAAAGGAAAAGAGUUUAAAGAAGUACACGGCUAUCGGAAUCAAGCACAAUUACUUUGAAGAUAUUGUAAAGAGAGAGAGAAAAAUUCUUAAACGCCUUACUAAUUGUCCUUUUAUUACUAGAUUGCGAUGCACAAUCUAUAAUGAAAGAGCAAGACAAGGAUGGAUGGUCUAUGAUUCCUUCAUGGAACCCCAAUGGGAUUCUCUCCGUCCAUCUUUAUCGAUUGCUGAUAUAAGGAGUUAUGUUUAUCAAAUACUCAGUGGAUUAGAGUUCUGCCACAAGAAAAAGAUCGUACACAGAAAUAUCAGCUGGAGUAGUCUCCAUAUUGAUGCAAGCAACAAAAGAAUUCAAAUUGGGGGGUGGGAAUAUGCCCUAUUAAGCGAUGAUAUUCAUCCAAUGGAGCAUGACGUUAAAGUGCCACAUUUCAAAUCUCCCGAGAGGCUGCUAGACGACCUGUCAAGUUGUCCUACUUUUAAAUUUGAUUUUGCUGUUGACAUGUGGUCGGCUGGCUGCAUACUAGGAUGUUUGAUUUUCAGAAAGAAGUACUUGUUCGAUGACGUUGACACUCUAAUGACAGUCCUACAUAUUGCAGAAGUCAUUGGAUAUAAGGCCAUAAUGGACUUCAUUAAAAAGUACCAAAUCGAUUAUAGACUUCCUUUUAAUUGUGCAUACGAAAAAAUGACGCCCAUUGGUUUCGUAGGCGUUAUCCCUAAAGGAAGCAAAAUAGUUGCGACUAGUGAUUCUAUUGAUUUAUUGAAAAGUUUGGUUGUCAUCGAUCCGGUCGAUCGAUACUCCGCUGAGCGCGCACUGCAACAUUGCUUCUUUAAAGACUGUGAUGUUUCUGAGCAUUAUUUACAGCGAAGGAAGAAGCCAACUUCCAUUUUUAAGGUCGAUAUUGGAGUUAACAUAGGCUCUGGGACAUUCAGUCAGGUGUAUAAAUUUCGUGAAGUUCGAAAAGCUGGAAGGCAAAAGGUAGUUCGAGAACUUGCGGUAAAAUACCUAAGGUACAAUGAUGAUGUCCGUAAAGAGCGCAAAAAACUGGCCAAAAGAGAAAUUAAAGUCUUGAGUCUUCUUCGUGGUUGCCAAAAUAUCAUCCAAUUUUAUGGAGCUUUAAAAGGGGGUCCAUUGAAUUAUACCUGCAUUAUUAUGGAGCAUAUAGAUGCUCUAAAAACCGAUGCAUUUUUCUUUACAAAACUGGACGACGUUCGGUUCUACCUCUAUCAGCUGUUGCUGGCUUUAGAAUCUUGCCACAGUCAUGGAAUAAUGCAUCGAGACGUCAAACCAGCUAACGUGUUGAUUAAUUACCGAACCAAGCAAUUGCGUUUAAUUGAUUUUGGUCUAGCGGAAUUUUACAAGGAAGGAAGGCGGUACAAUCUGGGAAUAGGAACCGUUAGAUACUUAGCUCCAGAAAUACUUUUGAAUUAUGAGGCAUUUGAUAUGUGGGCAUUUGGUGUGGCGCUAUCAAGUUGCAUAUUUAAGAGACGUAUGCUUGGCUCACUAACUGAGCCUCAACUUACUCAAGUAGCCAAGUUACUUGGAACGUCCAAUCUCUACGGAUUCAUGAUGAAAGUAGUAAUACACGUGGACCCCGAAUUGAUCAUUGGCACUACUGAUCUGCCGGUUACUCCAUGGCAAUCAUUUGUAAAUGAAGACAAUAAAGAUUUCGCCACGGAGGAUGCCAUCGAUUUAAUUGAUAAAUUGCUUGUUUAUGAUCCUAACAAACGUCUCAAUGUUAAACAGGCUAUGGAACAUCCAUUCUUUCAUCCAAUUUCCACAAGUCAUAUGGGAAGUAGCGAAACAAAUGAUAUUUACGAAUUUCAUGUAAGGUCGUCUACGAAGAAAGAUGAUUAUGAAUUGCACGAGGUAAUAAAUGUACGAAGUGCGAAUAAAUACCUUGUUAAAGAAAUUAUGACCGAUGAUUGCAAAGAAAUAUUGAAAAAGGAACGAAAAAUUCUUUAUUGUCUUAAGCAAUGCCCUUUUAUUUUGCAUUUACAAUGCACAAUCUACAAUCAUAAGAAAAACCAGGGCUGGCUUGUCUACGAUUUCUUCACAGAACCCGAUUGGGUUUCUCUUCUCAAAUCUCUAUCGAUGGAUGAGAUAAAGAGCUAUGUCUUUCAAAUUCUUAGUGGGAUCGAGUUUUGUCACAGACAAGGGAUCGUGCAUAGAAAUAUCUGCUGGAGCAGCCUUUGCCUUGACAAGCAACUCAAGAAACUACAAAUCGGUGGGUGGCAGUAUGCGCUAUUCCAUGCCGAUGUUCAUCCCAUGGAAAGGGAAGUUGAAAUGAAUUUCUUCAAGAGCCCUGAAAGACUUUUGGGUGAAUAUUCGCGAAAUCAAGAACUGAGAUUUAAUUUGCCUGUUGAUAUGUGGUCGAUUGGUUGCGUGCUAGGAUGCAUGCUGCUCAGGAAAACUAGCAUGUUUGAUGGUGUUGACUGGCGAAUGAUUUGGCUGAAUAUUGAGGGCAUCUUGGGUUCAAAAACAAUGCUUGACUUCGUUGCUAAAUAUAACCUCGAAUACGACUUUGUUACCCUAGAGGGAUUCGAGUGUUCAACAGGCAUUGAUCUAAAUGACUUAAUCACUGGAAGAGACAAAAAUGUUGUAACCGAUAGGGCUAUCGAUUUACUGGCUAAUCUAUUGGUAAUCGAUCCUGAGUUUCGAUUUACAGCUACCAAAGCCCUGCGCCACAAUUUCUUUAGAAAUAUUAGAGAGUCUUCAAAGCGGUCUCGACCACUAAGGGAUGGUUCUACAAUUUAUAAAUAUGAAACUGUAAGCGAGGAAGGCUUUGGGUCAUUCAGUCGCGUUUACAAAGUACUUGAAGUUAAGAGAAUUGAAAGUGGUAAAGUUUGCAGAGAAUUUGCGGUGAAACAUGUAACUAAGUGGUACGCAAAAGUAGUACCGAAUGAGAUUGAGUCUCUUAAACUUCUUCGAGGAUGUCCAAAUAUUAUUCAACUUCAGGGAGUGUUGGAUAAUGCUGAUCUUGAAUACGCUUGCAUCUUUCUGGAGUAUUUCGAAGGCUUAACGCUCGGUGUAUCUCACUUCGAUACUGUAGAUAAAUUGCAGUUUUACCUCUAUCAGUUGCUGCUGGCUUUGGAAGCUUGCCACAGUCGUGGGAUAAUGCAUCGAGAUGUCAAACCAUCUAACGUGUUGAUUAAUUACCAGACCAAGCAAUUGCGCUUAAUUGAUUUUGGUCUAGCGGAGUUCUAUGUAGAAGGGGUGCGCUAUAAUUGUGCACCAGGCACUCUUAGAUAUAAGGCCCCAGAGGUACUUCUAGGUCAUGAGAAACACAAUUAUGCAGUUGAUAUGUGGGCAUUUGGAGUUAUUUUCGCGAGUUGUGUAUUUAAAACUCAUAUCUUCGACCGAUCCACAUCAGUGCUUUGCCAAAUAAUGCGUAUACUUGGAACUUCUGGACUACUAGAUUAUAUCGAAAAAUUGGGUGAUGUAGAUGAGUCCUAUUGGCAAUAUUCUUCAACGAAUUAUCCAGCACUGCCUUGGCAUUCAUUUAUAAAUGACGAAAAUAGGAAUUUUGCUACAGAAAAUGCUCUCAAUUUAAUCGAAAAAUUGCUCGUUUACGACCAUGGCAAACGCCUGAAAGUUGAACAGGCUAUGCAACAUCCCUUCUUUUUACCGUAUUCUAACAUUUCUUUGUAG